UGAAAUAGAUGGAGCUUAUAAGCAGGGAAUGAUAUAGCAGGAAGAGCAGGGAGAGAGUGUAAAGCCAUUUUGGUGUGAAAUGAUGAAAAUGGAAGAGCAGGAAGAGAGUGUGAGAGGAGAAAGAGGAAGGGUUAAGAGAGAAGAGGUGUAUGGAGAGCUGAAACCAUAUAUUUAUUGCAUAUUCUCUAAUUUUUGCUUUGCAGGAUACAAUAUAAUCUCCAAGGUCGCUCUAGACAAAGGCAUGAGUCGUUAUGUGCUUGUUGUCUAUGGACAUGCUUUUGGAACUUUGGCUACUGCUCUUCUCGCGUUUAUGUUUGAAAGGAAAAAUGACAGCAAAAUUAGCGUACCAAUCUUAAGAAAUGUCUUCUUUUUGGGUGUGUUGGGAGCUGUGCUAGGGAGGACACUGCUCUACGCUGGACUGGAAAAGACUACACCAGCUAUUGCAUCUGCAUUAGGCAACUUGACUCCAACAAUGACCUUUAUCUUAGCAUUAUUAUGCAGGAUGGAGAAACUAGAGAUUUCUAGGCGUGGUUCUCAAGCCAAGAUAUUAGGAACUGUAGUUGCCUUUGGUGGUGCAAUACUCAUGACCCUAUACAGGGGGAUUGCCGUGAUUUCUCUACAUACUAGAAGCUCGCAUCAACAUGUCACCUCCUCAAAACUAUUCCUAGAUAGGGAUUCAAUAAAGGGCUCCCUCAUGCUUGGCGUUGCAUUCCUUUCACUGUCAGCAUUCUACAUAUUACAGGUGAUUUAGACUAGAUAUUCAAAAAAUAGCUAGACUGCUUAUGUUUAUAUAUACAAUCAACGAACAGAAAUUAAGAACCAUCGACUCCCAAGGUUGCAUGAAUCCUCUCAAUCAGUGAA